AUGAACUCCACGCACCAGCCCCGGCUGCACACUUCCCUGCACCUCCGAAACCUCAGCGCCCACAGGCCGCACGGCAACGCCAGCGAGCCCCUGGGGAAGGGCUUCUCCGACGGAGGGUGCUACGAGCAGCUGUUCGUCUCCCCCGAGGUGUUCGUGACUCUGGGGGUCAUCAGCUUGCUGGAGAAUAUCCUGGUGAUUGUGGCCAUCGCCAAGAACAAGAACCUGCACUCCCCCAUGUACUUCUUCAUCUGCAGCCUGGCUGUGGCCGAUAUGCUGGUGAGCGUCUCCAACGGCUCGGAGACCAUCGUCAUCACCCUGCUGAACAGCACGGACGCGGACGCGCAGAGCUUCACCGUGAACAUUGACAACGUCAUCGACUCGGUCAUCUGCAGCUCCCUGCUCGCGUCCAUCUGCAGCCUGCUCGCCAUCGCGGUGGACAGGUACUUUACCAUCUUUUACGCCCUCCAGUACCAUAACAUCAUGACGGUUAAGCGGGUGGCCAUCAUCCUCGGCUGCAUCUGGGCGGCGUGCACCGGGGCGGGCAUCCUGUUCAUCAUCUACUCAGACAGCAGCGUGGUUAUCAUCUGCCUCAUCAGCAUGUUCUUCACCAUGCUGGCCCUCAUGGCCUCUCUGUAUGUGCACAUGUUCCUCAUGGCCAGGCUCCACAUGAAGAGGAUCGCCGUCCUGCCAGGCACUGGCACCAUCCGCCAAGGUGCCAACAUGAAGGGGGCCAUUACCUUGACCAUCUUGAUUGGGGUCUUUGUGGUCUGCUGGGCUCCAUUCUUCCUCCACUUGAUAUUCUACAUCUCUUGUCCCCAGAAUCCAUACUGCGUGUGCUUCAUGUCUCACUUUAACCUGUACCUCAUUCUGAUCAUGUGCAAUUCCAUCAUCGACCCUCUCAUUUACGCACUCCGGAGCCAAGAGCUGAGGAAAACCUUCAAAGAGAUCAUCUGUUGCUAUCCUCUAGGAAGUCUCUGUGACUUGGCUGGCAGAUAUUAGAUGGGGGCAGAGGAGACACUAAAAGCAUGCAUAAGACAGAACCUGAACAGUGUGCUUCAGCAACAGCUCUGUCUUCUGUGGAGGGCACUGGUUGAGAAUAUCUAUUGUAUAAAUUCACGUUUGUGACUUUGGGUGUGGAAACAUGCCCAGUCUCUGUAUAUGUUUAAUGUCAUGCUACUCUUUGGCCAUGCAAUGUUUACAUGAAAACACCUUUGGCUGUGCAAUGCUAAUCCACAUUAUAGGUGGUAGACACCGUGGAUUUACAGAAAAGAAAAAAAGUUCUUAUUAGAAGCGUCACAAUGUCUCUUUCUUGUAACUCAUAAGGAUGUGACACUUUGCUUGUUGUAGUAAUGUGGAAAUCACAGCCUCGUUAAAUAUAUUCUAAGAAAUGGUUUCUUGUAUUAACCUGUACAUUGUAAGGUAGAGAUUUGAUUCUCACAUUUAGGGGGAAAUAUUAAAGAGCAGAUGCUUAGUCAUUUUAAAAAUCAGCUGAAAUUUCAAGGAAUUUAGUAAAACAUGUUCAUUCUCCCUGUGCACAAGUAGAAAUGAAGUUCCUAUUGACAGUAAAACAGCUACUUGGGGGUGGGGG